AUGUCUAGCUUCACUGUCCAUCACCAGAGCUUCAAUCCAAUUCUGGGCCCCAGCCCCAAACUUGAGCUUCUCCUCGAGGACAACAACUACCCAUUUGCCCACGAAGCCGGCGUCUUCGUUCCAUCAAAGAACGAGCUGUUCAUAACAAGCAAUAGGUUUGAAGGUACUGAUGGCCAGCCGCGCGUAGAGGUCUCGAAAAUCACCAUCAACCAUGGCUCGCCAAAAGUAGAGCGCGAAGAGAUCGAUCAUGGCCAGAUCGUCAUGGCCAACGGCGGUGUCAACUAUAAAGAUGGCAUCCUAUUCUGCAGUCAAGGCUCGCCCACCCAACCAUCUGGUCUAUUCUACAUGUCUGCAUCUCCGCCAUACACCUCUGCUCUGGUGCUGGAUAACUUCCACGGACGCCACUUCAAUUCCGUCAAUGACGUGAUCGUCCACAGCGAUGGCAGCAUCUGGUUCACCGAUCCAAUCUACGGCUUCGAGCAAGGCUACCGUCCCCGGCCUCAGCUCCCAAACCAGGUCUAUAGAUACGAUCCCGACACCAAGAGCAUUCGCGCCGUAGCCGACGGAUUCGGCCGCCCAAAUGGCAUCUGCUUCUCUCCGGACGAGAAGAUUGUGUACAUCACCGACACGGACUGGAUUCAUGGAGACGGUACAACCGAUGAUACAAGACCUUCAUCAAUCUACGCCUUUGACGUGACGUACUACUCGGGCCAGCCUUUCCUGACCAACCGCCGGCUUUUCGCCUUUGCCGACUCUGGAAUCCCGGACGGUAUCAAGGUCGACAUGGAUGGCAACGUCUACAGCGGCUGCGGCGAUGGCCUAAAUGUCUGGUCGCCUGGCGGUCUUCUUCUCGGCAAGAUCUUGGUCGAGGGCGGCGUGGCCAACUUCUGCUUCGGUCGCCCCGGUGAAGUCUUUCUGUUGAACGAGCAUAGGCUAUGGAGAGCCCAGUUGGCACAAACAGUAAGAGGCGCGCUUUUGAAGCUCUGA